AUGUCGCCGACAGCGAACACUUCGUAUGGGCUGGACAAGGACGAGGCUGGCACUCGCCGUGAAAGGCCGUGGUUGUUUCCUUCGAACCGCAAGCUCCGACAUUUACAAGGCAUUUCGAUCCGCAACCUUGUCAUCACUCCCCCCCUGAGCAGGCCUCGUGGGAAGACUAUUGACGAUGAGGAGAUCCCAUAUACUCUACAAUCCCCUUCCAAACUCCUAGCUCAAGGCGCAAGCCGGCCCUUGCCACAGUCACGAUCUUUUGCUGACCUCAAGUCCGCGCCCGCCGUAUCGGACAACCGUGACGAUGCCGAGCAACAACCUGCAUCGCGACUACGGAGGAGAAGCAUGCUGCCGUGGAAUGACCCUAAUCCACGGAUGAGACAGAUUAAGCUGGAGGAUAUUACGAAGACCAGGAUGGCAGAUUCGUGGUUCUCAAUUCAUUGCGACGGCAUCGAUACGCCUGUGUAUGUGAGCGAAGUUGUGGAGAAUGCUACGAACCCCAGUUUCAAGGCCUUUGAUCUGAAUGUUUGCGGACCGAAAGUUUCCCGCGCGGAUUGCCUUACUCUCAAACUCUGGGCGAAAGCAACGGCCAUGGAGGAGUACUUGUUGCUGGUCGAACUGCAAUUGUGUCUGCAAUCGCUACAGUUUCUAGGCAAAUCGUUGGAUAGCUUCCACCAACCCUUGCCCUCGAAUUCCGUCCUUUUCCAUCUGACAGACGGUGUGUAUACUAAUCUAACUGGCAUUCCAUCCUCCAACACCCUGAUACUUGCGGGCGCGUCAAAAUUCUCAGACGGAGUCGUUUUGCCAACGUCUUCCUACGAUGCCCUGAUGCGCUUGGCGAAUUUGGACGAAUGCAUUCAAGACGCACUGGCCACGAGAGGGAAACUGGAGUCGCAGAUUAGUGCGAUUCUCGAAAAGAAUCAUCAUGCCAUGGCUCUCACGAGCGACGCUUCCCGCGCCCAAGAUAAGCUUGCCGUGACCAAGCAUGCCGUUGCGGCGGCGAAAAAACAGCUCCGGACGACAGGCAAGCGCAAAGAGGAACUUAUUGCCAGUAUCAAAGCUAGAAGAGAAGCCAUGGAGCGUGGACGGUAUAGUCAGGAAAAGGCUCGCAGUCAUCUUCCAGACGCUCAGCAGAAAUUGGCCGCCUGCUCCAAGGUACUGAAACAGAAUACAGAAGAGACCAAAGGUCAAAUUCGGCGCAUUUCCGAAGACUUACUUACGAUUUACCCCAUUGAGCCGAUUCCUGACAAGCCGCUGGCGUUCACUAUCGCCGGGCUCCCCCUUCCCAACUCGAAUUUCGGCGACAUUGAUCGGGAUGCCGUCGCGGCCGCACUGGGGUAUACCGCGCACCUGGUUUACUUGCUUUCAUUCUACCUAUCAGUUCCGAUGCCAUACCCGAUCAAUCCGUAUCUGUCGAACUCCUUGGUUCAAGAUCCGGUGUCCGCCUCAUUACCUCAACGGACCUACCCUUUGUACCCGGUCAAUGUCCAGUACCGGUUUGAAUAUGGUGUCUUCCUGCUGAACAAAGACAUUGAGUUUCUUUUGAAUAAGCUAAGCCUGCGAGCACUGGAUAUUCGACAUACCCUCCCCAACCUGAAAUAUCUUUUGUACGUUCUCACCGCUGGUACCUCGGAGGUCCCAGCACGCAAGGCCGGUGGGAUUCGUGGUCUUCUCCAAGAACGGCUGACUCCCAGCCUGUCGCGACGGGGAAGCGAGGACAGCGUUGGUUAUAAUGAGUCGAUCUUCCCUCGCAAAGACGUGAGAUCGAGCUCGAAAUUAAAUGGAGACCUCGCGUCAGACAAGGCCAAACAAACAAGCCCACCCUUGGCCAGCACCCCAACCUCCUAUCAAGUGGCUUAG